UUUAGCACUCAGACCCGAUUCAGAGGUGCGGAAGCAAGGAGCCGAGCUUCAUAAAAUUACAAGAUGCAGUGCCAGCAGCAAGUGCCGGCAAGGACGUGAACGCAUUAGCACGUGAUAAAAGUGAUUGUGUUUGCAGCAGGGAACAGGCCCAGCGAAAACAUAGUGUGAUAUGUCUUCUUUGCAAGGAGGUCAUCCUGCAUUUCAGCCACCUAGAAAGGGCGCGCAGACUGCUCCUUGUUCUCCUUGGACUUUGGGUGUCUGCUGUACCUUGUGUGGAAAGUGAAAGAGAGCUUCUCCUUUGUGAGAUGGAUGUUCUCAAACAGAAAGCCACAGUUUUGAGGGAAAUGGAGGGCGAUGCUGCCGCAGAGUCCUCCUCCGCGACGGCCUUCACGCAGGAGCUGGCCCAGCAGCUGCACGCGGCGGAGACCCCCCGCGCUGCUGAGCAGGUCCUAACACACACACGCGCUCUCUGGUCACCUGAGGCAUCCGGAGGACAGUUGCUGCUGGAGGCGGUGUGCUGGGACGUGCUGUCGGUGGUGGCCCCCUUCGCGGCACACUCCCGCGGCUGCCAGGCUGCAGUGGCCGGCGCUUGCCUGGACGUGGCCAACGGGUGCGCGCCGCGGGAAGCCGUCACCAUCCUGCUCGCCGCUAUGGGCAGCAGCGGGGAGGGGGAGGAGAUGUCAUGGGGCCUGCGCCUCGCUGUCACUGAGGGCCUGGCUGCAGCCCUUCCUCUCAUCCCUCGGCGGAGGUAUGAAACUUUCCAGCAAGCUGCCCCCACUCUCCUGGCCGGGCUGCGGGCCGUAGCGGGGGAUCCCCCGGCGGGCACCUCCGAGGGCAGGGACUCCACGGAUGACGUGGAGCGCUGGGCGGCAGGGCAGUACCCCGCAGCGGUGGUGGCGCUGGCCCACGCGGUGCUGGCCACGCUGCAGCCAGCAGAGACGCAGCUGCAGUCCGCCCUGGCCCGCUUUGCGCUGCAAGUCCUAAGCAUCUCCACUGCGGGGCUACCCCUCGCGACGCCGGCCCGACCUGGCUCGUCCUCCCCCGAGGUGCCUCCCCUGCUGCUGGCCACGCUGCAGCUCCUGCCGCCGGCGGGGCUAACGCCGCAGCGCAUCCUCAGGCCCGAUCAGGAGGACUUACCAGGUGAGCCGGUGUGCGACUCCGACGAAGAGGACGGCCCCGCCGUGGAUGAAGCCGCGGAGGUGGAGCGUGAGCGCGCAUUGGCAGCGGCGUGCCUGCUGUGUCUCCCCGCCCCCCUUCUGCCGUGGCCCGUCCCCCCCCUGUCUCCUGCGGACCGCGCUGCCGCCGUCGCUCUUGCGGGCGUCCUGCUGCAAGGCCUCCCCGUCCCGGCCAGCAAAGGCCUCGCCCUCAUCGCGGCCGCGGCUGCCGCGCCAGCGCCCCAGCAGGACGGGUCGCUCCAACAGGAGCUGCUGGACGGCGUGCAAGCCACCCUGCAGGGCCUGACCAUGCUGAUGCUCCUGCUGCCCGAACCCCAGGCCCGGCAAGCGGCCUACGGCGCCUUCAAAGCGGGCUUGUCGGUGCUGCCCCCUGCUGACCGCCUGUCGACCCUGGAGCGCUUCAUUGACACGUGCCCGCAUCAGCCGGUGGUGGCGGUGCUGCUGCAUCUGCUCAAGGACGAAGUGGCCCGCGCUUUGCCGCUGCCGCCCUCCGCGGGCACCCCUCCUGCUGCUCCCGCCGCCGGCCUGUUCCCGGGUGAGCGUAUCCUGGCGGUUGUCGGCCGCACGCUGGCGCCACACGGCGGGGCGGGGGGCGUGGUGCCGCAGCUCCCGGACGAGGCAGACGUGGUGGUGGCCGCGCUGAACCUGUACCGCUUCCUCCUUCUGCGAGAAGCUGCCGUGGGCCGCAGCUGGACGGGCGCCCUCUCGCCCGCCGCUCUCGUGCAUGCGCGCACCCAGUGGCUCCUGCCCCUCCGCCACGCGGCAGCACACGCGGCUGCGGCCGUUGAGCAGGAGAGGCAGGCAGAAGCAGAGGCAGCACGUGCUGCCCCAGCGCAGCCCGGAGAGGCGGGCGGGCCUCGUGGAGCGGCUGGCGGGCGGCAGGGGGGUGCGGAGCUGGUGGCCACGGUGCAGGAGGUACUGCACCGGGUGCUGGAGCUGGUCGAGGACAGGUUGCAGCAAGGGGGGAAAGGGGAUCCAGGCUGAACACGGGGGGAGGGCGGCUGUAUGUUGCGUGCGUAU